GACAUCUGCGAGCUGCUGCGCGACUCGCAGUUACCUGGCGGCCGCCGGGCGUGGGCGGCGCGGGGCGGCGGGAGGCGGCGGGGCCGGCGGCGGCGGUGGCGGGGCGGCGCGGCGGGCGCGCGGAGGCGGGCCGCAGGAGGCGGUGGCGGCGGCUCGGCGGCGGCGCACGAGUCGCUGCUGCACUCGGUGGUGUCCGGGGCGCUGGACCGCCUGCACUACGAGCCCGACCCCUGCGUGCGCUACGACACCAAGCGCAAGACCUGGCUGUACCUGCACCGCGCGCGCACCGAGCAGGAGUUCGAGCGGCUACACCAACAACAACAAGGAGCUGUCAAGGGCAAGAAGGCAACUGGACCAAGAAAGAUCAGUCGUGCGAAGAAGGAUCCUGCAGCUGCUGCGGCGGUGGCAGGCCUGGUGUCGUCUCCGCCCACCACUGCCUCCCCACCCACCCCCACAACUCCUGUGUCGAUCAAGAAGGAACUGCCAACAUCCCCCCCACCUGUGUCCACCAUUGCUGCCUCCAUUCUCCAGACCCCUACUGUCACAUCAGUAUCAGUUACAUCUUCACCUGCUGCAAUUGCUUCAUCUCGUGUCACACCUACCACGUUACUUGCUGGCAAGAGUCUACUUGCCAGUUCAGUACAAAUGAAGACAGCGGGAGGUAGCCCUGUGACAAGCCUUAUGAAGACUGUUACCCUGACGCCACAGCAAGUACAGGCUGUAGCCACUGCACGGAGUGUUGUAGCAGCGCAGGCGAAAGCUGCUGCUGCUGCUGGACAAGUGCGCACGCAACUACCUGAGGCAUCGGGACAGGCGUCCCCGCAGCAGGUUGUGUCAGCGGCACAGCAGCUUCAACAGCAACAGCAGCAGCAGUCUGCGACAGCAACGGCUGUGCAGCGUGCUCGUGCCGUGGCACCAGCAACAGCCAAAGCCCUAGGACUGGCUGGGGUUCGUCUAGUCAACGCUACCGCUGCAGGCGGUGGGACCACAUUGGCUGGUGGACCUCAGACCAUUUUCAUUCGGCAACAGGCUUUGCCGCAGGGGAAGGGUGCUUCUGUGACACAGGCGCAGGCACAGGCAGCUGCGAUUGCUCAACUUCAGCAGCAGUUACAGCAGCAACAGCAGCAGCAACAAUUGAAAUUACAGUUGCAACAACAGCAGCAGCAACAGCAGCAGCAGCAACAACAGCAGCAACAGCAGCAGCAACAACAACAGCAGCAGCAGCAGCAACCGCAACAACAGAUAAAGCAGCAAUCACAACAGGUUGCUGUAUCAGGUGUAGGGACAGGUCAACGACUUGUCACUACAAUGUCGGUUUUGGGACCAGGCCAGCCAAGAGUGAUCACACGAGUGGGAGGGAAACCUAUCCCAGUGUCUCAUGUUACGCUGGCAGCUGCAGGCUCUGGGACGCAAGUUGUGACUGCUGGAACCACAGUGGCACGAACAGUUGUCACACAAGCGGCACUAGCUCAGCAACAGGCGCAAGGUCGGCUGCAGGGCCAAAUGAUUUCUGUAGAGAGUUUGCUGGCCCAGCAGAAACAACAGCAGCAACAGAAACAGCAGCAGAUUAACAAUGUGCGGGCGCAGCAGCAGGUGCAGCAGUCACAGUCGCAGCAGACAGCUGCAACGGCGCAAACUGCCACCGCUGUUCCCGCUGGUGCCUCUCUCAUCCAGCUGGCUGGACCGGGUGGUGGGCCUGCACAGUUUGCUGUUGUGUCUCAGGGAAGUUUGCUGUCUGUUGGAGGCCAACCUGCGAGGCUGUUACAGCAGCGCGUGCUGUCGAGUGCUAUAGCAACAUGUCCACAGGGCCGUGUGCUGGGUGCUCAGGCGGGUGCUCAAGCAGUGGCGGCUGCGGGUGGGAAGCUGCCUGCCGGGACGGCGACUGCAGCUGGCCUGCGGGUACUGGGCCCCGGUGCUGCAGCAACCGCUGGACUGAACCUCGCUCACAUUGGUGGCAAGCCGGUGCUGCUGGCCAGCAAGCCGGCCACUGCUGCCGCCCAAGCUCAGGGAGCAGCCACUGUGCAGGCUCUUCGACCAGGCGUAGUUCUAGCAGCACAGCCAGCAAACACAGCAACAGCAGCAACCGUUGGUGCCUCUGGAGUGACAGCGACACAGUCAGCAACCGCAGGCACUGGGACAGCUGCACCUGGCACAGCGCAGACAGUGGUGCUGGCAUCGCAAGCGCUGCGGGCUGGGACAGGAGGAGCCCUGCUUCUACAGGGUGGAGGUGGCCCUGCACAACAAAUCCUACUGCCUCCUGGCUUCGCUGGAGGAACACUCAACAUUAAAACACUGCAGGGUCUCAAAGUCAUACCGUUGGCCCAGGCUGGAACUGCAAAUGCUACGGGGGCUGCUGGAGCAACUGCAGGGAAAGGUCGCCAGCAAGUAUACGCGCGUAUCAUUGGGCCAGGCUUACGGGCCUGUUCUCCAGGAAUCCAGGCACAAACCGUAACUGCUCCUGCACCCAGCUCUACACCGUCAGUGAGCGACCCUGCCACAGGCCAAGCUGAGUAGACUAGUGCUUCCGACAUCUCAGAAUCUUGACUUUUGGCUUAGUAUGAAUGAUUGCCUACGAGUGACUUUUGUGUGUAUCAAAUAAAAAUUGUGUCCGUUUGUAUGUAGUGGUGAAUUAUUUAUUUUUUUAUGUUUCUACUUAAGAACGUAAAAGCACAUCUCAUAAGCAUGUGCAAGUUGAAGUGUAUGCGAGUGUUUCAAGAUCUAGUAUGAACUCCUUUAACACUUAACAUGUAAUAUUGUUACAAAAACAAAGUAAGUAUGAAAACAGUGCUAUAUUAUGGCAGAAUUUUAUUGAAAAUAAAGAGUAGAAUGAGUUGUCUGUGAUGAUGGAGUGGAAUUAUUUACAUUGGCUAAGAGCAGUCAGUGUAAGUUUGUAGAAGAAAAUAUAGUGUAAAUUGUUCAAAGAUAAUUAUAUUGUAAUCGGCUAGUAAAUUAGAACCAUACCAAAAGUGGUGAAAUCGUGGAGAGUUAAUGGUUUGCAUCAUUGAAAAAUAUCUAUACAGAUAUAUUAUGGGACAUAAAUAAUGUGUAAUAUAGGAAAGGACUAGUUCUACAGGGGUUUUGCAAUUUAAUCUUAAAAAUUUUUAAAGCAAGAGAAAUAUUGUCAGUGGAGUACAUGUUCAGUGUCAACAAUUAUACCUUGAGUAAUUUUUAUUUAUGAUGGAAAUAUUUUAAUCAUGCCCAAGGCAAACUUUUCUAUUUAAUCAAAAAAAGCAAGUGCAUUAAUUUGAUGUUAUUCUAAUUGGAACUUUUUAACUUCCAAAAUGCACAUAGAACACAAUCUAUUUUUUCAAAUGCUUUCAAACCCUACUGACAAAAGGUAGAGAUGUUUGCAUUUCAAAGUUAAACCAUUUUCAGAACUGAAUAAUUCUACAAGGAGGAUUGUACCAAAACUGUAAAUUGGCAAAAACUCAUUUGGGUAAUAAGCAAUGUGAUUUGGAUUGUGAAACAGCAAUGUCUUACAAUGUUGGUGGAGCUAAAUGUGCGCAAAUAAAAGAAAGCAGUUUUGAUUAUCAUAUAUGAUUAUUUAUGAAUAAUUACUUGACCUAUUCUUGCUCUAGAGAGUAAAAAUUGGAUAACUUCUUUUGAAGUAGUUAGGUUUUCAUGUUGAGUAUUGGAUGAAUUAAUUUGACUUUAUCGCGUAUGUGGGGUGGUCGACAAAUUCUUGACGAAAGAAUGGGGAACUUUCAAAGAAAUAAAAUAUUUAUAUAAAAUUUUUCAACGAAACUUCUAUUUAUUGCAAUGUGCUUUCC